AUGACUUCCACAGCUCAACCAAAUCUUGAUCCUUACGUUUCCAAAGCAGAAAAUAACAAUGCUUCUCCGCAUGAGAAAAUCAAAGACCUGCAUGAAAUUAUAAAAUCGGUGGAGAUCGGCAUGCUCACAACGCGCGCUUCCAACGGACAAAUGCAUUCUCGAGCCAUGGUUCCAACUGCCCUUCAAAGUGAUACGCAGACGUCUUUGAUCUUUUUCGCAAACAAUGCCUCGCAAAAGUUCGAUGAAAUUGAGAACGAUGCACACGUCAAUGUCAGUUUUAAUAAUGCAAAGACCACCAGUUGGGCAUCGUACGCUGGUAUAGCCAAGAUCUCCCAAGACAAAGAGCUCAUCAAACGACACUGGCAUUCUGGAUUGUCUGCUUGGUUUGGAGAUCUGAAAGACGGUGUCCACAAAGGCGAUGAAAAUGAUCCACGAGUAGCCAUUAUCGAAGUUGUCCCGGACGAAAUUCGAUACUGGAUCGCUACCAAAGGCACUGUCGGACGCGCAUUGGAAACUGGAAUUAACGCUGUCACCGGAGGGGUCAGUGUUCCUGGUGAAUUAAGAACCAUCACCUCCGCGGAGAUCCAACUCACACAGGGACUCCACCGCAAGUAA